CCGGGCAUGCAAAAAUGUAUUAAUUUCUGCUGCAUGCAAGAACAUUGCGACGUUGCGCUAAUGCUUUUGGAAAACUGUUUCACUGUAAUCUGUCACAACAAACGCCUCUGUGAGAGCGUACCUGCUAAGACGGGGCGGUACAAGUCAAGAAUGGUUUUCGUUGGGAAUGCUAGCUCUGUUUCUUCGAUCCAUUUAUCAAAUAAACCAACCAAGACAAUCUCCCUUCUUGAUGCGGCUUUGCAAGCUAUGGGAGAAUAUCAUGUGAAUGGGACUUCUCCCGCUGGAACAAAAAUCACCUUUUCAGAUAGGACCAGUGCCUUAAAUUCGAAACAACUCGCUAAAAUGCCAGUACCCUCUCAGUCGCUUAAAGUUGCUGGGCUGAAAAGCAGCGAGAAAAAUUAUACAAAUCAAACCAAAGACAGGAAAGAACAUCUGCUUCCAAGUCUUUCAGAAGAGUUGAAACGAUCUGCGACGAUGACUAAUUCAAGUCAGUCGCACCACAAUCAACUUGACCUGAUGAAAAAAUCUGAAACAUCGGGUCACAACAUCACUUCGCAAACUUCUUCAACAGUAAGGUUGAACGCAAGUGUUUUGGCUCCCGGCGAGUCAAGUAAAUCAGCCAUAGAGGAGGGGUUAAAGUCUGGGAAUAAAUCUGGGCUAAGAUUGGCUUUUAGUGACUCCUCGCGACACUUAACCACUCAACCUUCCCCUUGUCUCAAUAGUCCGAUCUCUUACAAUGUUACGCUACGCAACGGUAUCCGAUCGGGCUAUUUCAGAGACCAGGGGAGGGUUGAGAACAUGAGCGAGUGUGUACAAAAGUGCUGCAGCUCUGAGGACUGCGAUGUGGCUUUCUUGCUCAAGCAACGAUGCUAUCUAGUCAAGUGCUACACCAAGCAGGGAUGCGAGACAGUUCCAGCCAGACACAGUGAAUUCAGACCACGUGUUUCGCACGUCCGAAGGGCAAAUGAUUCCCAACUGAUUUCUUUUAUGGACGAACAGGAAACAGACAACAGGCACGAUUUUAAUGGGAAAACACCUUCCGUCCAGCCUCGUAGCAGUACUCAGUUAGAACAUAUUACAUCGUCAUCGACCCUCCCCGCACUAGUUAAAUCCGUCGAUCAUAGGCGUAAACAGAAAGAGAAACCAAGAACGUCCUCAGUUAAGAUAAAGGCGUCUACACGUCACGGAAAAAGAAAAAAUCUCAAAGUAAAAGCAAGAAGUAGAGUUGAAACUAGAAGCUCAGGAAAGCGCAAGAACACAGUUCACGUGACCAAAACACCAAACACUGAUAAAAUUAACAGAAGAAAGUCCAAAAAGAGAAAACAGAGAAAGAAGCAGAACGAUAGUAAGAGAGAAGCAGCCAAAGCCAAACAACAGCAUUUUAAGAAUAAGCUUGAGAAGAAAAAGGAUCGGAAACUCUCCAACCGUGAUCUGGAUCAGUUAUUCCAGCUCAUGAGACCCGCUGAGCCGGUGAGUCACUCUUCAAGCAAGUCAGAGUCUGUUGCGUCAAUCAUUCCUUCCAAAGACUUAAAGAACAGAAUGAAUCCUGUGGAAUUGAUAAAGGAAGAUGAAAGGAAUGACUUACAGUACGAAAAUGCAACAAUUACAAAUUCCGUUCCAGACAAGCGAAUUUCACAUGAGGAAACUCGUCAUAGGGCCAGUCCUACAGGCGAGGAAAACGAGAAGUCAAAUAAGACAACAGCAGUUACACACCCACGAGAGCGUCCUCCUUCUCUUGAAGGCCAAAGGAGUUAUACUUCAACAAAAGGUGCAAAUUCAAUGGUAAUCAAGGCUUAUAAUAAAGCUAAAGUUGAAAAUAGCGUUUCUGGUAAAGUGAAAGUUUCAUUUGAAAAGAAAGGAAAUGGACAUAACAAAAAGCUCGACAUAACACUGAUCGCUAAACCAGCAAUGAAGGCCACGCGCCACAAACCAACAGCCAAGGAAAAAGUGACCUACACCGCUAGCAAAGAUUUACUUAAACACGCGAGAAGACCAACCGUUGGUAGGCACUCAAGCCCAACUGCAACUACAGCACGUGUCAGUCUCACACAAAAGCCUACAGUUAAGCCACCUAAAGUCUUGUCGCAUAACAGGAGGAAAUUCCGUGCGACAAAAUCCACUGUCCCUGCCGUACCCACUCAAGCUCCUGAUGCCGAAGUGUCAAGUUGUGUAACAGGUGAAGUGGAAUACAACCGAACUUUACGAGGCGGACUUUCUUCGGGUUUGUUCCACGAGGUGGGCAAAGUGAACGACAUCCAUAGUUGCUCGGAGCACUGCUGUGCCAGUCUUAUCUGUGAUCUAGCAUUUAUGGUACUUAACCACUGCUUCUUGGUAACUUGUUCAAGUUCUAAUCCCCAUAUGUGUGAUAGCACACCAGCCUUGGCGACGACUUUUCAUCCGAUGAUUUCUCGCGUUUCACGAAGUGAAAGUGGACAACUGACUGAUCAUGGGACGGAAGCUGCAUCAACUGGCAAGAUAAAGCCUGCCCAGGCUAUGAAAACUAAUGUUUCACCCACUUUGUCUAAAAAUGUUACAGUAACGAAAGAACCGGUAGUUGUCCAAAACAUGAUCAAUCAAACAAGCUCUAAAGAUCCACUAAAUUUGUCUACCAAGCCGAUUAACACGACUCUAACAGUAACGACAAUAGGGGAGGUCGAUCAAGUUUCCAUGGUGAAUCCGCCAACUCCUCCAGGCUGCAUUUCUUCUAUAACGGCACACAAUGUUACUCUAAGAGGCGGUCUCCAUGCAGGAAAAUUCACAGACGCUGGUAGAGUCAAUGGGUCUUACAUUUGUACUGAACUUUGCUGUAAGUCAGAUGAAUGUGACGUGGCAUUUUUCGCGUUUCAUCGAUGUUUUUUGGUAAAAUGUUUCGAUGAGUAUCUUUGCACUUCUACGCCUUCGCUUCUGCCGAACUUCAAACCAACAGUUGUACACGUAUACCAUCAUCAUUUUAAACCAACGCCCAAACCAGCGACAACUUUACCACCUAUCAACGACGUGCUUAAAGAAAUCGAAGAUGAGACGCAAACAAAAUCGAAGAAGAAUAGGAAAAAGACAUGCGCUCACUCUGAAGUUUAUGAAGAAGUUACUCUCAGAAUGGGCUACAAAGCUGGCAAUUUUACUCCACAUGGCAAGGUCAACUCUACAAGUCAGUGCGUGGAUUACUGUUGUAGCCAACCGCAUUGUGACUUAACGUUCAUGUUUCUCAACAACUGCUUCACAGUGUCUUGUAUCAGUGGCUACGCCUGCGAGAUCGUUCCUGCAAGGCAGUCCAGAUUUAAACCGAAGGUUGUAUAUUUUGUCAAGAAUAAUUCCACAAGAGUGAUCAAACCAUCAGAGUUUAACUCUUCUCUUACUGAUCCUGGAUCGUUUGUGGGAAAACAACCGGUGAAUGCCGUGCACUAUAAGGAGGUGCGGUUGAAUAAGAAAAACAGUAAUUCUUACCAAAAAGACGUCAGCCAAGGAAACAAUAACACCGAAACAGUGGAUGAGAUAUUUGUCGAAGUCCCAGAAAACGCGGUCACUUCUCGCAAUAAAAUUAAUAAUGCUGAAAAGGCGAAAGUACAAGCUAAGUUCAGCACUAGCAAAAACACUACUCUCAUCUUAAGCCGUCUGAGCACUAGAAAACAUCUUAAGAACGAGCAUAAACUCGGAAUGAAAAGUCAUAACCGAAGCCAAGCAGUUAAAAAGAUUGAUAUUGUCCUAAAUAAGUUAACCAACGUCACAGAAGAGAACAAACGCCUUGAGGGAGAAAUUCACAAUCUUAUCGCUAAACAGUUCGAGCAGGUGAAUGAAAAGAAAAUAGCGACUGGUGCUUCGGGUAGAAGUAAGGAGGCAGCAAAGAAACUAAACAAACAAACAAGGAAAGGGAGAGGAAGAAAGGAUUGGCAUCAGACCAGCAGACGUGUAGAUAAAGAAGGGGCUAGUGAGUAUGGAUCCGGAAUAGACUCCAACGCGCAGAAAAGAGUGGUACUUGUGGACACGGACAGACCCCCUGUCUAUCCGCCUACAGACGAGCAUCGCAUUGAAGAGCAUAGUAUCCAUUCAUUCCAGUCCAUAAAGCCUCAAAAGAAACCUCGACAGAAAAGGCCAAAGGCUCCAACCACUCAGAAACAGCGGAACAUUUCAAAAUCCAUGCAAAACCAUUGGGAUCCAACAAAUGAACACGAUAUUGAAGAGCAUGUCAUUUAUAAUCAUACGAAGAAAGAGAGACACACAAGCAAACCGAACAAGAAAAUGCACGGUGAAGUCCAAGAAGGCUCUGAGAUUCUGUACGGACAGCCUGAAAACGACAAAGACGAUAACAGUGAAAAAGAACCACAAGAGGGCAUUUGGAACAAUUUUAACAAUGACCGCAAGGAUCCCGGGGAACAUCAUCAUGAUCAAACGGUAUCUAGUGGUGGAUCGCACUUUGUCGUUAAGAAUGAAAAUGCGAGAGAGAAAACCGACAAAGGUGAUUUCUAUUCUGAACAUUAUGAUGACUCAAAAACCUCAGAAAACCGCGAGUGGUUUGGUGCUGGGGGUAGUAACAGAGAUAACCUAGAGAAGAUUCAAACGCCCAAGAACCUGCCUCGUGGAAAUAAAAGAAAGCAAAGUGAAUUUCACCAGCCAAAGUCAUCGAGAAGGCAUGAAUGGAUGAAUGUGGGCAGUGGAGAAGACGAUGUCAAGAACCACCAGCAAGAAGAUAUCUCAACUGAACUUGUUCGUUUACCUCAACAACAUGCGUACAAGGAAAGUUCAGUAAAUGAUUUCCAUAUUCAUAGGGACGAUAACCCAAAAGACUCUGAAAGAUUUUCCUGGAGGAGUUCGAGGAACAGAGACAAUGAUAAUAUGGAAAACUUUAUAAAUCAAGUCACUCCGACUCAUAAGUCGCAUUUCCAUUUUAGAAACCAAAGGAAGAAAAAUCGUGAUAAAAAUGAAGAAUUCCACGCUGAAAAACAGGAAGAAGAGAGUGCAUCUGAAAAUCAUAGGUGGAUAAGUUCGAGCGACGCUAACAGUGGCUUAGAGGAAAACUUCCCAGUGCAAGUGGCUCCUUCUCAUCAGAGAGAGUUCCAGUUCGAUGAACAAAGAGGAAACAAGAAUAAUAAUGGGGAGAAAUUCCAUUUUCAGCACAGCAAUGUUAAUUCAAAGCAUUCCGGAAGAAAUGUUUGGCUAGGCAGUACUCGAAAUAAAAACACAGAUCGUGUAGGAGGCUUUCACGAUCAAAAAGCACCGAGUCAUAGAGUACGUUUUGAUUACACAAACAAGAAAGCGAAUGGCAACAGAGACGAGGACGAAAUCUAUGUUGAUAAUGAGGACGAGUCAGGUAAUACUGAAACACGAGUGUGGAGUGGUUCGACACGAGAGGGAGAUCGCAUGGGAAGCUUUAACAAGCAAGUAGGUCCAACGCAUGAGUCACGAUUCCAUCUUCAAAACAAGAGAAAGAACAAGGAAACAAGUCAGGAUAAAAUGCAGAUUGAUGUUCAAACUUAUCCAGAGGAUUUGGAUGAGCCUGUGUGGAGUAGUGGGAGGGAUAGGAGCAAAGAUGACGUGGAAAGCUUCCGCUUGCAAAUAGCGCCCACUCAAAGAUCUGGUUUUCAGUGGAAUGAUCACAGAAAGAGCAAAGUUAAGAGCGGGGAUAAAAUUCACCUACAACACCAAACUGGUGGUGAGCCUGUUCCCGAUUAUGGCAACGUUUGGGACCGGGAAAAGUCGAUGCAAGGUAGUUUGCGAAAGGAGCACAAGUUUGGCUUCACCGUAACUAAAUACGUUGAGCCGACUUCGUCAGAAUUUGCUAGAUUAGACAAGAACUUUGAAAAAUAUCACCCAGAGCAUAGCAUUGAAAGGCCUGCCUUUGUGAAAAACGACUUUUCUCAAGCACAGAAGAAUUUGAUGGCAGUUAAUGGUGAAGGUAGCGCAAAACAGCAUGUGACAAGAGCGAACUAUAGUCAUGGGAAAACUGACUUUGACGCGGUAUACAAAAAAAUAAAUAACAUCUAUAAACGCCUAGAGAAUCUUCUUGAAGAACAUUCUAAAAAGGAAAGUAAUGCAACGUUAGCCUCUUUCAACGAACAGAAAGGAGGAGGGUAUGAAGUAGAAAAUAACCAUGUUAGAAGACUCGAAGAAGAUAUUCCAACGCCACCGGUAUCAGCUUCAAGGCCAACAACUCGAGCCUCGAGGAUUGCAACGCGUACUAAGAAAGUCAGAGUUGUGAAGCAAUAUGUAACAGAUGAUUUGGGGGGCUCAGGUACGUCACCAAGGAGUCAUGGUGAGAGCCUGAUGGACUAUAUUAAAACAAUCUAUAGCCGAGUGCAGUGGUUGUAUAAGAGGAGGGAUAGGCGCACAUCUGUUAAACUAAAGACCAAAAUAACCAGCCGCAAAAGAAAGAAGUCACAUCACCUUCAUAGCCCAAGAGAGAGAACCCAAAAUAGGAAAACUAAUAGAAGAAAAAAUCAGUCUGAAAAAAGGAAAGUACAUCAUCGUGGGAACAUCCAUGAAGAAGCCCUCCUGAAGGAGAUGAGGCAAAUUUAUAGAAAUAUGAAGAAACUAUACAGUGACCAGAGGAAAGAACAGAGAAAAGCAAAAAAGAUUAAAGAAAGAGCCGAAAAGCAUCAACACCAGCGCUCCUAUAUUCCUCGGCAGCGAGGGACGAGUGCAGUUCCGAAUGGCCUGGUAACAAGUAAGGAUUCCAAUCCGCUGACUAGCCGUGCGACAGGUCCGCAAUCCCAGCCACACGUUCAUGAAACCGCUUAUGGGCCUAAAACUACAGGUGAAGUCCCAGUCCGGUCUCAGAAUGAAAACCCCUGGUAUCGUAAGAAACUCAGACCAACAGAACCUCGAAAAACGCAACACGAUAACUUGAGAAGACAUGGCGGUAUUUUGGCGAACAAGAUCUCUUCGAGACAUCCCACCGUGAACCAGUCUUUCAUUGACAAGAUAGUUGAAGAAAUCGAAGCAAAGCAUCCGAUUCUCACAAAGGAAAAAAGUAGCAAAGAUGAUAGCUUACAACGACUAAUUGACAAUGUGGCGGAUAGUGUCGUCAAACAGGUCACAGAGGAGUUUACCGAGCCGCAGGCCAAGCCAAGUAGACGUGUCAACGUACCUAAACCAUGGUCGCAGACAGAAAUAUCGGUUCCCACCGGUACUAUGGCAGACAUGCCUCUUCUUAAUGACUUUCAGAGUAAAAAGCCCUACGCGAAAUCUUCUUUGGUAAAAGAUAUUACCCCAGACCUCCCCCCUGAAAUAAUCAGCAGUGACGAGGUCAGUGGACAAUUGUUGCCUGACUCCUCCCCGGAGGAAGUCAAACCCUCGUCAAAGUCACCGCCUCAGAGAUCACGCUUCGCACAUCAAAGGCCGCAACCUGAGGAACCAGGAAUGCAAGAGAUGCGUGAAAUGUUUAAGUUCAGACAUCGGUACGAUAAACAGAAGCCCAAGUCGCAAAGCGGGAAGAAAAAGGUUACAAUCCCUGCCACAAGUGAAGGUAACGCAGCCUACUUAGUGCUUCAUAUAGGCUUUGAAGAAAUCGAAAAUCGCACAGCCCUUGACAGCUCAGAGCAUAAGAACAAUGCCAUUCUUAGCCCAGAGGUGCGCCUCUCCGUGACCGAGUCCAAAUGUGGCUCUGCCCUGAGCAUGCGCGGUGGACGCUUAGUUUUCACCCAUUUCAACAGUCGUCCACGUGAGGCGAUAACAAUCACUUUGUGGCUUAAACUAGACUCAGUCUCGGGAACAGCCACUUUGUUCAGGACGACGGGGUCUGGAGCUAAGUACAACCUACAGUACCGCGAAGGCAAUAUUCAUUGGUCUCACGUAGAUGACUUAGGGCACAUAAUAUUUAGCAUGGCAACAAGGCAGACGGUAGACUCGCUAGAUUGGGUACAUCUCAGUGUUACUUAUGACGCACACAUCAACAUGAGCAAGAUUAUUUUGAACGGAGCCGUUCUGGACGAAAAAGAAGGCCAUGGAUUGCUAUCGCAAAAUUGGGACGGCGACGUCGGGAUCGGAAUUCCCGAAGGGAUAAGAGGACUUAUCGACGAAUUUUAUAUGUACAAUCAUGCGCUUGCCGUGUCCGAUUUAAGUGAUCUGUCGGAGGAAUGCAAUCCUGGAGCAGGUGGGGCUAUUCCUCUUAAGGAAGGAAGCUACGAUGGUCUCAUACCUGACGACAUGAUUCAAGAUGCAAUAUUACAGCUGCAUCCAAACGCUUCAACGACAAAAAAGCCGAAAGCUGCCAUAACAACUCAUACCACUGCCAGCACAUCGCCUACAACAAGACCAACAACGCGGCCCACUUCGCCUACCACAAGGCCGCCCACAACAACAUCAACAACAACCGCGCCUACAACUAAACCCGCAGCAAAUGCCAGGACGACACCAUAUAAGCCAACUCUUCAGGUGCCGUCUAGCGCUUCCCUUUCUAAAAAGACUGGCUCGGGUACUAUUCCGUCCACAAUCACCUUACAUGACGAGCCUAACUGCCAGCAAGGGAUGUUUUAUGAUAGCAGCGAGUUACGAGGUGGCAUGGAUGCGGGCUUAUUCAUAGACCUGGGGCGAGUGAAAGGCUCAACAAGUUGUUUGAAAUUCUGUUGUGAAAUUGAGUCAUGUGACCUGGUUUUCAUGACGCGCGACAGCUGUUAUGCCGUGGACUGUUACAAUAACAAAUUGUGCGAGCCUGUGCCAGCGGACUCUUACAGGAGUGACAUGCCCAGCGUCCAUUAUGUCACCAGGAGUGGGAAGUCAGUUCUAGAUGAAAAGUUAAGAAAGUUAGAGCACCGACCAACAACUCCCCCAACUAUCCAACUGCCAACCUUUCCACCGACACCCUACAGAACAACAGCAAAUGAUAUGUUCCUUCCAUACAAAGAAAUCUCCACGCGUCCAACAUUUGCUCCUUCAAACACAAAACGUUUCUGUGCCCAAGGAAUGUUCUUCUACAACGUGAAACUUCGAGACGGCUGGAACGCCGGAAUGCUGCUUCAAGUUUCUAGGGUACGGAGCAUGGAGAAGUGCAUCCAGGUUUGUUGUGACGAGCCUGCUUGCGACUUUGUGAUGCUGAAACAAGGGAGGUGUUACAGUGUACGGUGUAAGGGUGGUGAUACUUGUACGGUAGAGGAAGGAGGAGAAUAUCAAAUUUCGUUUGUGAGCAGACAAGAUAUGGUCGAAGACGAAACACAAUCCACACCGACCCCUACCCCACUACCUCUCAGUACUUUAGGAGGAAAAAUGGACGAGCUGCCAGGUAGUCAUCUACGUUAUCUGUCGCUGUACCUUGGUUUUGAUCACGUGAUUGGUUCUGUGGCGGUGGACGGAUCUGGCCUAAACAAUGACGCAAGAUUAACGAGAGGCACCGAAGUUUCAAGACCUGGUGAGCGAGGAGCCGCAAUCGAAUUGAACGGUGGCGAUGUACUUCUCGAUGGUGAACACUUUCGGGAGAAACCACGCGAAGCCGUCACCAUUGCCUUAUGGUUAAAACUGUGGAGAACCGGUGGAGUUCAUUCCAUUUUUGACACAAUCGGUGGACAUUCUAUUCACAGCAAAGGACAGUACCACUUUGAGGUGUACGAUGGGCGAUUGAGGUGGUUCCAUCGUAAUGAAUACGCUAAGGAAGUCUUCAAUGUCAGGACUUCGCCAGUUCUGCAGCCAAAUCUGUGGUACCACGUUGUAGGCACUUACGAUUCGCGCACGCACAUGGCCAAAGUCUUUAUCAAUGGUGACUUGGUAGGAGAGGGUCGUGGCAGUGGUAUGCUCUCCCUAGAUUGGGAAGCUAAAGCAGGGUUUGGUUCGCAUUCUGGGCGAAGGAUUUUACUCGGCUACCUUGAUGAGAUCUAUGUGUUUAGGCGGGCGGUUCUGGAGAAGGAAAUUGAUAGUUACUUGGAGAAUUCUAACAGUGACUCUCUCUUUCAUUCGGAAUCCAACUCUGCUCUCACGGAGACUUUCACUGAAAGUCCUUCUGAUGAUAGCUUUUCAGAUGUUAAUACAGACUCUGUUUGGUUUUCAAAACCAACAAGCCACUUAAGUAAUCUUCCCAUCCAGAGUACUUCUAACAACAACAUGAAGUUCAUGGACCAAGCAAAAAACAAUAGUGCUUCAACACUUGGUACAACAACAGUUGUUGUCAGCGCCGCUAGAGAAAAAUCGGGAUCGGAAGAAACAUUGAAGAUGCCAACAGUGACGUCACCGCAAACGACAGAUACAACUACAGAAAUAACCACAUUAUCAACGACGCCGCCAACCACGUUGAAAUCAACAACGAUGCUCAAAAUGACUGCGUCACCUCAUACAAUAGGCGGCACUCCACCAGAAAGACUCAAAACGUUGUGCAGAUUGGGAGAUGUUUAUAGAAAUAGAGAUCUUGUCGGUGGAUUAGGUGCAGGAAAUUUCACCGACAAAGGAAAGGUUGAUACCAUUGAGGAGUGUAUGAAAAUUUGCUGUGGAAUACGAGAUUGCUCUGUAGCUUACGUAGUGGAAAACAACUGCUUUGCCAUAACUUGUACGGAAAAGGAGCAAUGUAAAACGUUUAUCAAGAGCCCGUCGGAAAAUAGUCCUGUCAUUGGAUUUGUGAAUCGAAGCGGGCCAAAAGAAUCAACUUCUCGUCCUUCUACGAAGAAGGAAAAUGAGAAUCUAGCUUCUCCAGCUGAUGAUACACCAGUAGAACCAAAUGCAAAGUCAUUGGACGCCCCACAAGGUGAUAAAGAACCUCCCUUCAACUUGAUUGGCAUGCUUUCAACUAAGAAGCCCACUCUAAAUACGACACCUGAGCCUCCACUAUCGAGCUGUAACUAUGGCAGACUUUACCACCACGUGACUUUAGUGGGCGGGCUCCGUGCUGGGGUUUUUACACGGCUAGCUGAGAAUACGGACAUGGACGAAUGCGCUCGGAAAUGCUGCGCCCGGAGGUCAUGUGAUGCUGCGAUCCUCAUGAGGUCCACGUGCUUUGGACUUCAGUGUUCCAGUUCAGAACUCUGUAGUACCAGGCCGUCACGUCUAAAGAACUUUUCUCUUCACAUAAUGUAUAUAUACAGAGGAGAAACCAACGCUCGGACUACGCCAACACAAACUUUCAAGACAACAGAACCAUCUUUAGAAGACCUUCUCGGAGAUGUGAAACCCACGCAGUCUGCUACAACUAUGUCGCCGCUGAACAACAUGCUCGGCUUUCCUCGCAUGGAAAACAAUCAUGAGACUUAUUCCAAGCCUUUAUCCGAGUGCUCUCAGGGACUGAUGAUCAACGAUGUAAUCUUAAAUGGUGGCAUGGGUGCUGGCGAAGUUUCUCAGUUUCCCCGCGUGAGUGAUAUACAGCUUUGUAUCGAGAAAUGUUGUUUGACUACAAAAUGCCAUUUGGCUUAUGUCAUACAAGCGGUAUGCUACACCGUAAAUUGCUUCAGCCGUGAUCUCUGUCGAACGAGACCUAUCGAGGACACGGCGGUCCACUCAGUGAUCGCUUACAUCAAAAGGAAUGGCCUAGCGAUGUUUAGCAGCGCCAACGAAGCGAGCGUGAUGCAGCUUGGGAACGCCAGCAUUGCCUCACCUGAAGGUAAACCAAGUCCUACCGCCGGCGCAGUUGGAGCUCCUCAGAACAACAUGAUCUGCCAGAAAGACAGAACGUUUUACAACGUACAGCUGAAGGGAGGUCGGAGCGCGGGUCAAUUCACCGAGAGAGGCCAGGUAAUGGAUAUCAGUCAGUGCAUAGGGAUCUGCUGCGAGGAAAGAUCAUGUGACUUGGCCUACACGGAGGGUCAGCGGUGUUACACGGUGAAAUGCAACAGUCAAGACACGUGCAAGCUUAUCGAGGCUAGUCCUCUCGCGGUCAAGACUGUCUUGGGCUACGUCAAUAGGCUGAAAGACAACAAUGUUUUGCAAGUCACUUCACGGCCGACUGAGCCGACCGCGGCAAGGUUACAAAGUACGGUUGUUAAGAAUGUGGAUGAAAAUGGUAGUCACAACAAAGAAGAUGACAAACAGGAUGCCUCGAAACCGUAUCAUGUCCUGAAACAGAAAUUACAUAAACACAACCAACAUCAUCGUCAUCAUCACCAUCAAGGUGAGCAGAAGUGUCCCGCCAAAAGAUACGGCUGCCAACAUCAUUGUAUUCAUCUCCCGGAUGGAGGUCAUCGUUGCAUCUGUCGCCAUGGCUACAGUUUGGCGCAAAACGGAAGACAUUGCGAAGACGUAGACGAAUGUACCGAUAACACGCAUGGCUGUGAGCAUGAAUGCAUAAAUUAUGAGGGCAGUUACCUGUGUGAGUGCCACAGUGGAUUUAUGCUGAACAGAGACUCGAAACAUUGUGACGACCUCGAUGAAUGUACCAUGGGUGUCCACAGCUGUGAGCAAUCAUGCCACAACACUCCUGGAAGCUACAGCUGCUCCUGCGAAGAAGGGUUUCAACUCCGUGCAGACAAACGACACUGUAUAGAAAUCACAGAAACGGGAUCCAAGAAAGAUCAAGAUUAUGCAGCUUUCUCCGGACUAGAAAUCCCAACAGCAAUAACACAAUCACCUAAGGAUCUCAGAAUAACCCAGUUUGAAUCCGGGAUCUUUCACUGCAAGGCGCGUGGCCACCCAGCGCCUCAUAUCGCUUGGGCGUCAGGGUUUAAUGGUGACCAACCCAUCCCUGCUGAAGAUAGGUUCAAAAUUCUACCCACCGGCUCCUUGGUGAUAAGUCAAGUCAAUUUCACUGAUCAAGGGAUGUACCGAUGUGUAGCGUCCAACCCCGCUGGGAGUGCUACGGCAGCAGCUAGUCUUACUGUGAAAGACUUCGACGAAUGCAAAGCCCGCAGUCAUGACUGUCAGCAAUCUUGUGUUAAUACUCAAGGCAGCUUUAGAUGCGAAUGUCAUUCCGGAUUUAUGUUGCAAAGGGACAGAAAAAGCUGUGAAGAUGUUGACGAGUGCAAUGUUGGAAGUCAUUUUUGUGAUGACGUUUGUCAGAAUACCCAGGGUAGUUUCACCUGUCACUGCAGGUCAGGAUACAGACUGAUGGCGGACCUCAGAACUUGCUUUGAUAUUGAUGAAUGCACAGAGCCCGCUCAUGGCUGUUCUCAGCUGUGUAACAACACUCUUGGUAGUUAUAACUGUUUCUGUUUGAAAGGCUACUUGCUGGAAAAGGACAACAAAACAUGUGUUGAUAAACACGUUCUGUUGGACACUUCCAAACCAACCACGCUCUCAGCUGGUAUGGGCGCGUUCGUGGCAGUCGCAGGCGUGAGCGUAAUCAUCGUGAUUGGUACAGUGAUGUGUGUUAUUCGCUACAGAAGGCGAGCAAGGCUUAGAGGCCUUGAAACGGCGGAG